AUAUGACUCAACGGACAGAGCUAGUCUAUUCUUAGAUAAACGCCUACAGUCAAUAGAUGAGGACAAAUAUGUGCCUACAAAUCUAUGUUGCCACUCUAAACUAAAAACAGACAAGUUGAGGUAUAUUCUCAUAUAAUCAGUGAAAAAGCGUGUUUUGGGUGGAAGGUGUGGCGUCGCUCACCGGAAGUGAAGGCAGGAGUGGGCGUGGUUAACAGCUCUCCUAAACAAAACUGUGUGUCACUGCGGUGUAUUUACUGUGCGGGUUUAAGGUUAAAUGGUUGUGAUCGGUGCAGAUCGGAGUGUCCUGCCUGAACUCUCAAAAAUGUCCGCUGCGAGUCAAGCAGAGAGAGCUGUACUGGAGGAAGAGUUUAACUGGCUCCUUAAAGAGGAGGUUCACGCCGUGUUAAAACAGCUGCAGGACAUUUUGAAGGAAGCUUCCAGACGUUUUUCAGUGCCCACACCAGGGAUGGAGGGUCAGCUCAAACAAGAGAACUUCAUUCUUGGCAGCUCAACCAUGGACCAGGUGAAAGGAGUUCUCACUCUGCAGGGAGACGCUCUGACUCAAGCUGAUAUCAAUAUUAAGGUGGCUAAAAGCACUCAAGUCAUGCAUUUCACAUUCCGGGAGGAUAAACAGUGGAAAUUACAACAGAUCCAGGAUGCGAGGAACCACGUGAACCAGGCGCUUCAGCUGCUCAGCAGCCGCGAUGAGAGCUAUCACUUCAAAACCGGUGCCGAGGUCAAUAAGUUGAUGGAUGCGGUGAUGAUGCAGUUAACCCGAGCGCGUAAUCGUCUUACCACACCAGCUUCCAUGACUCUGCCUGAACUCGCCUCAACUGGAUUAAUGAGGAUGUUCACUCCUCCGAUGCCCGGUGAUGUGAUGGUGAAUUUAUACAUAAACCUCAGCAAACUCUGUCUGACCGUCUAUCAGCUGCACGUGCUUCAGCCGAACACUACUAAGAACUUCAAACCAGCAGGAAGUUCAGUUAUGCAUAAUCCUGGAGCAAUGUUUGAAGUGAACAACACUAAGUUCGAGGUGAGCCAUGUGCACAAAGUGGAGUGUGUGGUGCCGUGGUUGAACGACACACUGGUGUUUUUCACCAUCUCACUGCAGCUCUGCCAGCAACUCAAAGAUAAGAUUUCUGUGUUCUCCAGCUUCUGGAACUACAGGCCAUUUUAAGAUGACCAAAGAUUUAAAUUUGUACUUUAAGUGCAGAAUUGAAUAUAGAUAUUAACUACACAAUAGAAAACACACCAUGUAAUGAAUCCAUGUAGUAUUUGCUUUAGGACCAACUGUUCAUUUUUGUGUGUACAUCUUAACUGAAUAGAACGAAUAUAAGUUCAGUCCAUGUCCUAUCAUGUAAGUGAAAGAUAAGUGUAAGACAAUUAACUUUGAUUUUUUUGAAAUUGUUGUUAAAUCGUAAACUUAUGAUAUUCCGUUAUUAUUAUUUUUUAAGAAAAACUGUGAAAUAUUGAGAGCUAUGAUCAAAUUCUAUGUUUUUCUGAUGACACUGUUUAGCAGCAUUAUUCCUAAAACUUGUUUAAUGGUCCAUGAUGCAUUUCAUUUUAUCACAGACACUAGUUUUAUGAUAAUUAUAUUUGAUAUUAUUUUAUAUUUAAUUUGAUAGUUUGAUCAAAAAGGUAUACAAUUUCCCCACUGAGAUGUGACACUGAAAUGUGUCAAAUCUGACAAGACACAUUCAGCGUCUUUAGUUUGCUUCUUUACUUUUGCACUGGUGCUACAGAUGGUGUUGUUUAGGAAAGUGUAUGAUAUUUUAGGCAUGUUGGUCGCACAGUGCUGAAUUUGAGGCUGUAUUUGUUGCCUAGAUCUAGUCUUCAAGCUCCGAAGCAAAACUAAAGAAUCGAACAUGGAUAAUUGGGUAAAGGGGGCAUUGUAUACCUUUAACUUUGGGCUGAUUUAUAUAUUUGCAUUAAUGAAGAUUAUAUGGUCAAAGGUAUGUGGACACCUGACCCUCAUACCCAUACAGUAUGUGGUUCCUCCCCAAACUGUUGUAGCACACAAUUAUAUAGAAUGCCUCUGUGUGUUGUAAAAAUUACAACUUUCCUUCACUGGAACUAAGAGGCUCUCCAGCUUCACGAUGAAGUUCCAUGAAGACAUGGUUUGAGUCUCCAUUACAGAGCCCUGACCCUGACCCCCACUGAACUCCAUUAAGGUGAACUGGAAUGUCAGCUGGCCCAGAAGAGUAGAGAUUAUCGUAACGGCAAACAGGGACCUGAUCUGGAAUGGAAAGUUCAACAGGCACAUAUUUGGUAUGAUUUUGGUCCGAUGUCCUCAUCCUUUUAGUCAUAUUGUAUUAAUGGCACACUACAUGACCAGUUUAGCUACAAUAGAAAUCCUUAUUGCACUUAUACAUUCCAUGUGGUUUAUCUUUCACAUCUAAUACAAGCCAGGCAUUCUUUGUUAAAUUAUUCUUAUAAUGUAUUUAUUCAGAUGAUAAAUGACCAUGACGUGUUCUGUGUUUUGACUGUUCCCACACAGAACAGUGAUUUAGUGUUAUAAGAUGUUUCUGUUUUGUUAUUUCAUGUUGACUCUAAUAACUGUGCAAUAAAUGUGUUGAAAUCUGCCAUGACCUUGCCU